AGCCAGUAAAGUCUACAUGCACAGAUACAUUAUGCACUGGCCAUCUUUUUUUAGAAUCAUCUCCCUCAUUAUAAAUCAAUGAAACAUAAAUUUAUAAUUAAUCACCUAUUCAAAUUACAAAAUAUAAUAACACAGAAAAAAGAACGAGAAGAUAUACAUUGUUUUUUUUCUUCUAAACAAUGGCUGCACACAAAAUGAGUCUAACCAGUCUUUUCUUUGUUUCAAUAAUGAUUAUAUUAUCAUUGUUCAGCCGAUUUGGAGAAGGAAGCAAAUAUAUAAACUAUGGAGAUAUGAGAAAAGACAUAAUUCCAGCUUGUGGCAGUAAGAACCCCAAAGAAUGUGUCAAAGUUCCAGCCAACCCUUACCAUCGUGGUUGUGAAAUUUCUACACAUUGUCAUCGUGAACAACAUCCAGGUUAUUAAUGUCUUCAUAUGUCUAAAUCAUUCUCUAUCAAAUAUGAAAAAUAUUUUUUAUUAAUUUAUAUUAUUGAUGUGAUAUCGUUAAUUCAAAU